UCCUGGGUCCGGCCUGGCCUGCAGUGCGCCGAGGACGCCGCGCGAGCAUGUACAGGCUCCUGAGCCCGAGCUUGGGCCGAGGCCUCCUGCGGGCCGCGGGGCGGCGGUGCCGGGACUGCUCGGCGCGCCUGCUCCUGGGGCCCGCAGGAGGCCGGGCGCCUGAGGUGGGGGUGCCGGCAUCCCGAGUCGCGCCGCGCGGCCGGGGCCCGGGCCUGCUGCCGCUGCUGGCAGCGCUCGCCUGGUUCUCGAGGCCCGCUGCGGCAGAGGAGGAGGAGGAGGAGCGGCAGGGAGCGGGCGGGGCCGCCGCCGAGGGCGCGGCGGACGAGACCGAGGCCGAGAUCAUCCAGCUGCUGAAGCGAGCCAAGUUGAGCAUCAUGAAAGAUGAGCCAGAAGAGGCUGAGCUAAUUUUACAUGACGCUCUUCGUCUUGCCUAUCAGAGCGAUAACAGGAAGGCCAUCACUUACACUUAUGAUUUGAUGGCCAACUUAGCAUUUAUACGGGGUCAACUUGAAAAUGCAGAGAAGCUUUUUAAAGCAACCAUGAGUUACCUGCUUGGAGGGGGCAUGCAACAGGAAGACAAUGCGAUAAUUGAAAUCUCUCUAAAGCUGGCCAGUAUCUAUGCUGCUCAAAAUAGACAGGAAUUUGCUCUUGCUGGCUAUGAAUUCUGCAUUUCAACCCUAGAGGAAAAAAUUGAAAGAGAAAAGGAAUUAGCAGAAGACAUUUUGUCAGUGGAAGAGAAAACCAACACCCACCUCCUCCUCGGCAUGUGCUUAGACACCUAUGCCCGCUACCUUCUGUUCUCCAAGCAGCCGGCACAGGCACAGAGGAUGUAUGAAAAAGCUUUGCAGAUUUCUGAAGAAAUACUAGGAGAAAGACACCCACAGACCAUCGUGCUGAUGAGCGACCUGGCUACCACCCUGGACGCACAGGGCCGCUUUGACGAGGCCUGUGUGUAUGUGCAAAAGGCAUCAGAUCUGGCGAGACAGAUCGAACAUCCUGAGCUACACAUGCUGCUCAGUAAUCUCGCUGCAAUUCUGAUGCACAGAGAACGAUAUGCACAAGCAAAGGAGAUCUACCAGGAAGCACUGAAGCAAGCAGAGCUGAAAAGAGAUGAGGUUUCUGUUCAGCACAUCAGGGAAGAGCUGGCUGAGCUGUCAAGAAAAAGUAGACCUUUCACUUAAUUUUAUGAAGCGCUAAAUCCCUUUUUGUUGUAGGAAUUUUAAGUAACAGUGGUUCUUCCGGUCUCUGUGGCACCCAAAUCAGUGGCUUUCAACCCUUUCUCCUUGAUAUUCAUGUCUCGUCAGUUAGCUGUGGUGAAGGACGAGUUGUUCGCGCUGCCGCUUUUGUUCUUUAAAGGAAAGACGACUUUCACCCCUGGCUGAUUUUGACUUCUAAGGACAGAUGUCAAGUGAUGCUUUCGUCGUAACGUAUGGUGUGGUGCUGUCCGUACUGGUCUAAGUGUGCCUGUAGACGGAGGUGGGCCGCUUGGCCUCUGGGGUGGGGGUGUUGUGGCAUCUCUUUCCUACGAUUUUGAUCCAUUGAUUUGCUACCCUCUUUUUUAUUUUAUCAAUAUCUGGAAGAGCAGACCUAGCUGUCUCAUGGCAAAGGGGGAUUAUGGUGAGUUAUUUCUCUUAUCUGUUUCCGGAAGCUGAGUGUGGGACCUAACGCAUAACGGAGAAGUAUCGUCUUGGUGUGUGCCAGAGCCCAGCAUGAAGUUUUAAAGUAGGAAGUAGGCCCUUGAAAAUACACCCGUUUAAUUAUAAAUCAAAGUAAACUGUAUGUUUUCAUCUCUGGUUAUACACGACUGUGAAAAGGGGGAAAGGAAGGGUAGGAAUGAUUGUCAGUGCUGUUUGAGGGCUCCACAUCCUUUGCAGUCUGGGUGCCUGAGCAGAGUCCUCUGCCCGUGCCCAGGCGGCGCCCCCAAACCUUCUUGUCUCAGGGUCGGGCCUUACAAGUGUGAUCUGUAAAGUCUCCCUCGUAAUCCUCGUAUGUACUGCUUCUACAGGGGAAGGACCACGGAUCUGGAUCCUAGUCCAGCUUCUCCGUGUAGUUUGGGUCUCCGUGUCCUCAUCUGUAAAUAGGGAACGAAUGAGAUUCUGUCGUAGUUGUGGGAGAACGUUUUUUUGUCAGGUGACUCUAAGUGAACAGACUGCUGUGCUGAAAGAGCCCUAGCACACUGCCUCAGAGCGUGUCACGUGUGUCCGUAACACACACGUAGAUGACUGUUGUUACCUCAGAAGUGUUGCAGAGCCCCUGGCCUAGGGAAAAGGCAAUUUCUGUAGGUGCCAUGAAGGAACACUGUUAUUGCUGGUAAGCCUUUGGGGGUGGGGGUGUGAGUGGGAAUGGUAAACAGAUAUUUUUGUUUCUGUGUACAUAUUAUUGGAAGAAUCCUUUCAUAAUAAACUAGAGACUCUACAACAACACUGUA